AGCGUAAGGAUCAAUAAUGGGCUGAUCGAUGGGCGCCGGGAGUCAUACGAGGGCCGGGAUCUAGACGUAUAUCUGGGCGUACCGUACGCUCAGCCACCGGUCGGACCCCUGAGGUUCAAAAAGCCGGCGCCGAUAGUCGACAGGUCGACGGAGCCGUUGAAUGCCCAGCACUGGCCGCCCGCUUGUUAUCACAUGAAAUUACAUAAUGAUUACUUUAACCCCAAUAUGAGUGAAGAUUGUCUAUACCUAAACAUUUGGUUGCCGACCGCCAACCCGUCAGCACCGGACACACUCCGACCGGUAAUGUUUUGGAUACACGGCGGGGGACUCACCUUUGGGUCAUCGGUUGAAAAGUUUUAUAGCGGACACGUACUGUCAGCACUCGGCGAUGUGGUUGUGGUCACAAUAAACUAUAGACUCAAUAUAUUCGGCCAAUUGUAUACGGGAGCAGAGGGUACGGCGCCGGGCAAUCAGGCCCUAUGGGAUCAGGCGCUGGCACUGGAGUGGGUCAGCGAUAAUAUCAAAUAUUUUGGCGGCGAUCCCGAUAUGGUUACGGUGUUUGGCGAGAGCGCGGGCGCAGUAUCGGCUGCAGUGCAUACCUUAUCGCCGGUCAGUCGGCAUCUGUUUCGGCGGGCGAUUGUGAUGUCCGGAGCGCCGCUUAACCGGCGCUUAUUGGCCGAUAAACACGCGUUGGAGAGUCGAUGGGUGUCGGCAGCCAUCAAACUGGGCUGCGAUGCCGGUGACAGUGAAAGCACCGGUAGGUUUACCCCACAACUCACUGACUGCUUAAUGGGACAGUCGGCCGACCGGUUGGUGACCAUACAGGCCGUGAUGUCAACCGCCGAGGCGGCACUUAUUAACAUUAUAGUUGAUGGACAGCUCCUGCCGUCGACGCCGGACGUAAUGCUCCGCAACGGAGACUUUAAGAAAGGGUUGGAUCUAAUGAUCGGCACCACUGAAGACGAGGGCUCAGUAAUAAUGCCUAUAGUACGGCCGGACAGGUAUGACAAGCGGGCGCCCAAACCUCUAACCCGUGAUGAAUUAGUGGGUGAUUUUAAGCAAUUUAUGACCUUGGUAACACCGGGUGGACUGCCCAACAAUGCUUAUGAUAUUAUUAAGUUUUAUAUGAACAGUCAAUCGGCCGAUAUUGACAACGCCCGGCACCGAAUGGGUGUAGCCAUAGGCGAUGUAUUCCUUGGCUGUCCCACUAUAUUGUAUGCGAAGGCCGUACACUCGGGCGACCCGACGGCCCGCGUCUAUCAGUACUAUUAUAACUAUAAAUCGGCGGAACCGACACUUUUCUGCGCCGAUUGGAUGGGUGUCUGUCAUUUCGAUGACAUAUACCCUUUGUUUGGUUUACCACUGAUUGAUGAGCACAAGUAUGUCGAGAGGGAACGGCAGGUCUCCCGACAAAUGAUAGCCAUAUUGAGUACAUUUGCUCGCACUGGGAGUCCGCCGGCGCAGAGCGGCGCUCAAUGGCAGCCAUACUAUUCAAUGAACGGCCAGACAAUCGGCCCGUACUAUGAGUUCACUAAUGAGCCCAAAGUUGGCACUAAUUUUGGCCAAAAUCUUAAACAUAUUGAGUGCGAAGUGUUAUAA